GAUCAAUAUAACUAAUUCUUAAGCAAUAUUAUUUAUUAUUAAUUACAAGCAUUUUUAUAGAAGUUUAACUAGCUAAAUUUAUAUAAAAUGAAAAGAUACAUUCUCAAACUUAUAGAUGGUAAAGAUUCAACUACCAUUCAAAAAUGGAAGCUUAAGAAGGACAAUACUUACAUUAUUGGAAGAAGUGAUAAGGUAGAAAUCCCAAUUUAGCAAGAAUCUAUUUCAAGAAAGCACGCCGAAAUCUGCGUUUUAGAAAAUAGUGCUACAAUUAAAGACUUAGGAUCUGCAAACGGUACAUUCAUAGAUGAUAAGAUAGCAAAACAUAAUUAAAUAAUAUUCCUUAAAAAUGGCACUAAAAUUUAUUUAGGAGACUCUCCUAAUUACUUGAUUGUCAAAGAAAAAGAAAGAAAAGCCAAGGUUUCUGAACAAUCUUUAUAGGAAUAAGCCGAAGAAUAAGAAGAAGUUGAAGAAUAAUAAACAAAGGAACAAAAAAAAUUGAAAAAGAAAAAAGAAUCUAAAUAAAAAGAAAGCGAUGAGGAUGAUGAGUAAGAGAUUGAAUAAAAAAAAGAAUAAAAAAAGAAGAAAAGCAGUAAAGAAUAAUAAGAAGAUAGAGAACGUUCUCGUUCUUAUGAAAAAGAAAAGUAAAAAAGUAGUAAAAAUGAAUAAAAAGAACCUUAGACACAAGAAUAAAAACCCAACACUUCAGUUAGCAAAGACCUCAAUGCAUCAGAUAAGAGAAAACUCUUAUGGCAAAACAAGAAAACUGAUAAUUUAGAAAGUAAAGCUUAAAUAUAUGGAAAAGUAGAAGCUAAUGCAGAAGAGACCAAUAAAUUUUUUAAGUUGCUCGGAUUCAAAUCUAGCGCUGAUGGAAAGUCUUCAACAGGAGCUAAAGUUCAAAACUAUUUUAUUACAAAGAGUGGUUCUGAUAAAUAGACCAUGAUUAAUGAUUUAGAAAGUUAAUAUAAUGAAGGUAUGAAGAGAAAAAAUGGUAACAAGGGAGGUUUAGGUUAUAAUUGA